GUUUUGUUUUCUUCAAUCAAUUCAUCUCAUCUAUCGGUAAAUACCUACCGCAGUUUUUUUUAUUAAUUUUGCUAAGUUGAAAAAAGGGUCGUUUGUUAUAAUGUUUUGUUCUCGCAAGAGAACCUAAAAUUCAAUGGCAUGCAGUAAUGGAGUUCAAUGAAUUUAGAACAAAAGAGGUAUUGGACCCGGUAGAUAUAGAUUAUUACUGUGAUCGAUCACGCUCGCCGAGUCCGCCACCCGUUUUCAACACAAAUGUGUGUUGUGAUUUGGAAGACAUCUUGAGCGACGCCAUAUCAGAGACAUUGCAUAGCUCUCUCCGUGUGAGCCGCAGUCAGCUGAUUAACCAAGAAUUGACUAUAAGGCCGGAGGCCAAUAUUGAAGCAAACGUACCAGAGGGCUUAGACUUGUACAAAGUUAUCUUUGAAGUAGAGAGUGACACGGAGGGGAGGAUGAGUGACGUAGAGGGUGCCGCAGUAGACAACAACUCAUUGACUGAUCAGGAGUCCUGCCGGCUGGUCGGCGGCUCCAAGUUCUACGAGAUGAUGGACAGUGCCACGUCUGCGGACGUGUCCACUCCCUCGCCCACUGAGAAGCACGACCACAUGAAGCCCACUGAGAGUGAUGAUGAAGUUUCAGACGUAGACCAAGAGUGCACGAGGUUCAGCGGUGUCAGUUACCUCGGCGCACAGAAUAUAUCGGACCCUAAAUCAGAGAGUGACAUCCAACGUAUCAUGAAGGAGCUCAGCUCUAUGCCAGAAAGUAGAGAUGGGAUCGCCGUAUCGAUAUCGAUACCGGUAUGCUCGCAAGGACUAGUGGUGCUCUACCAAGCAGACUCAAAUAAUGUGAUGACACGGUACGCGGUGAAUCGUAUCUCGUUCUACGCUCGCGGCGCUGCAGGAUCUCCAGUCGCCUCCUGCUUCGCCUUCACAUGGUCUCACGGCGAGACCAAGGAGUCCGCAGUGUAUAGGUGCCAUGUCUUCAGGUGUCACAUCGCUGAGGCCGUCAAUCAGGUUUCAAGCUGUUUCGCCAAAGCGUUUGAGCGUAUUCCUCGCUCAAUGGCGUCAUCCCUGGUGGGUGAUCUUAGCGCUGCGCCCUCUAUGACCGGCUCCCUCACUGAAGGCACUGGACCCGCAGUACCACCGAUGCAACUUAUGCACGUACUUGAAUGUACUGUUGAUAUCAAAGAGACUGAUGCGAAGGGUACAUUCAGCCAUGUGCCGAAGGAGCGUCUCGGCUUCAAGCUGCGCGGUGGAAUAGACAAGCAAGUGACUAUAAAUGUGAAACAGGUCACUAACAACAUACAGCCAGAGUCUGAUGACCCACAGUCAACCUACACCGGUGGUUUAUACAUCGAACGCUGCUUCGGUAUCCUUCUCGCUCCCGGUAGGAGCGUGAAGCAUUCAGACAUGAGGCUCCUUGAAAUGGUGAGUGGUUCAUCAGGCGGGUCUGGUUGUUCAGUGUGCGCACUGUGGAACGCUGGCGAGUCAGCUCUGGCCGCCUUCAACGUAGCCAGCGGGGACGGCGCGCCCGCGUACAUGUCACUCGCAUUGGAUCUGGUCAUCAGAGGGAUACCUGAUCCUUUGAGAUUGGUAAUUGAGACUCCAGUAAAGAUAUUCCCGCCUACUGAGCGAUUCUGGUACUACUCGAAACGGCCGCUUGUUCAGCAAUUUUAUAUUAAUCUGAAAGAGUCAGUAGACGCGCUGGGUCAGCUUCAAUACGAGGUGGCCAGUAUCGAGACUUCGGACGAGUUAGACAGAUCCAGGCUAAACUUGCCACUCUCACUGUCAAGUCUGUUGCCAUCACCACUGUCCAGUGCACCUGCACCACCCUCGCCGUCUGAGCCUGAUUCUGAUGGCGAUGAACCACUUCUCAGUGGGACUGGGGAAGUAUCAAAAGACUGCGGCGAGGAUGUGCUCGUCAAUUGGGCUCAAGUACUGAGGAGCUGGACAGGCCCUCGUCCACGUGCAUUGAACCACUUGGUACGCGUUGGAGUGCCGGAAGCUCUCCGCGGUGAAGUAUGGCUGCGACUGGCUGGAGUUGACCAGAACGACAAGCUCAUGGAGACUUAUAGGACGCUUAUUAGCAAAGACUGUCCAUUCGAAGCGGUGAUCCAACGCGAUAUAGCACGUACGUUCCCCGCACACGACUUCUUCCGCGAGGCAGGCGGACUGGGACAGGAUUCUCUGCUACGGAUGGCGCGGGCAUACGCCGUGUACGACCACGAGGUCGGAUACUGCCAGGGACUCAGCUUCUUGGCUGCUACCUUGCUUUUACAUAUGCCAGAAGAGCAAGCAUUCUGUCUACUAGUUCGACUUAUGUAUGGCUAUGGUCUGCGUGAACUGUACAAGGACGGGUUCGAAGCUCUCUACAUGAGGCUACAUCAACUCGACAGGUUAAUGGAGGAGCAACUAACAGACUUGCGCGCUCACUUCCAAGAGCUGGGUGUAGAGCCACACAUGUUCGCGUCUCAGUGGUUCCUCACCGUGUUCACAGCGCGUUUCCCUCUACCCUUGGUGUAUCACAUCCUCGACGUGUUCCUACUGCAAGGCAUCGACACCCUGUUCCAAGUGGCGCUGGCGCUACUGUCCCGCUCGCGCAAGGAUCUGCUGCAGCACGACUUCGAAGGGGUACUCAAGUACUUUAGAGUAACAUUGCCAAAGAAAUGUCGGGCGGAAGAAUCGUCUCGCCAAAUUGUGAAACUUGCGUGCAGUAUUAAAGUUAAACGGUUGCCCAAAUACCAACAGGAGUACGAGAAAUUCAUUAAAGAAUCUGCGGAAAAAGAGAAAAUAAACGUUGAACUCGAGAGAUUAAAGGUCAUCAACACGCAGCUACUACAGGAAAAAGAGUUAUUAGAAGCGCAGUUGACGGAGGCCCGCACAACUUCAGAAGAAAGUCAGAAGGAAGCAGCGCACUUCUCAGCGGUAGCGCGGGAUUACCGCGAGAUAUGCGCCAGACUCGACAAACAGUUACAUACUAUGCAGGACUACAUUAAGGACUGUGUCAGUUGCAGCGUGAAACUUGCGCAAAAGGAUAAUAAAGAAGAAGAACAAAAAGGCGACGACAAAGAAGGUUCAAGCGAAACAGAGGCACGACUGAGGCAACGUGUCCGCGACCUUGAACUGGAACUAGCGCAAGUGAAACUCGCGCAUGUGCAGGCACAGUGCAGUAAUCAAGAACUAAGCCACCAACUGACGGUCGCUCUGAACGAAGUGCAGUCAGCCGUCAACCAGAAGCAAACAGUCGCACCCUGGCUAGUGCGCACACUCAAUUCCAUCAUGGAAGCGGCGCAAACACGACCAUCGUUCCAGACUUAUCUCCCUAACACUGCAGAACAGCCCGCGACACCACUGCACAGGCAAGGCUCUUUCUCAACCGGACAGUCUCACAGCCACGGGAACCUCGACCGCCGAGUCUCAGAACCUUACAGCCCAGACGUCGUCCGGAGGAAGAAAGACCUUAACGCAUCCAAACGGCAUUCCCUACUCGUCGAGUCCAACCUCUCGAAAGAGGCCAAAGAAAUUAACCGACGGAGCCAUGACGUCACCAUCGUCAAAAACCUCUCGAUGGGUUGACACUAACGCUCACAAACUCCGUUUAGUACGACAUUAUCAUUAUACUAUGUUUCGUAUUAUUUCGGUGUGAGAGGUUGUAUUAAAGGAAACGUUUGUUGUAUGACACGCUGAGCUACAGAUGUACAGUUCGCAGCAGGUUUAUAUAAGUAGCCCACAUGCAACGAUUUAUACAUCGCGCGGCGUGUGAAUGUGCACAUAACAGUAACUAGUCAUAAUGUAAUAUAAUCGAGCACGUUAUUGUUUACCGAUCGGAUAGUAUUCUAGAUGUAUUGGUUACCUACCAGUGUGUACUCUACGAUGACACUAUUCGCACUACCAUUCCACUAUAAUAAAUGUAUUGUGUAUGAAUCUCUUAAAGACAUUAUCACCCAUUUUGACAUGACUUGACAUUUUGAUAUUUAUAGUAUGCCCCAACUAUAGUAUGAUAUUAAUUGUAUUAUUGUUAAAUUCUAAUGAUUUUUGCGCUUUAAUGCUCACGCUAUAUUGAGUGCCUUCCGGUUUAGGUUAAGUGGUAUUUAGGCAUCGUAUUUAUUAUUGACAUCUUUCAGUAUUUCACUUAUUAUGUUACUCUUCAUGUUUUAAUGCGACAUAUCAGAACGAUAGCAAUACAAGAAUCGUCAGUAAAUUAUUGAAUAGUUAUCAGUUGACAAGAACAAACGAUUUGAAUGGCUGAUUUUAAGUACUGAUACAAAUAGUGCAAGAAAGUGAUGAUUUACAGAAUUAAGCAAAUGCAUUUGCCCAAGUAAAUAGUAGUCCACAUCUAAGUACAUUGCAGGCUCUUUCUAGGCCUUUAGUAGGCGGCUAAAAUAUACAUUUAUCACUUUAAAUUUUAAUAUAACAAAAUCUUUUUAAUUCAUUUCCAAUUACAACUGACA